AUGAUAUAUUCAGGAUUUUCUUUAAAGAUAUUAGUAAACAACAAACCAUUAAAAGAAUGUAGCGAACAUAUUAAUAAAAGAAUCAUGACUACAGGACCUUCAUACGUACUCGAUAUGAAAACUGGAAGAAAGAUUAAAAGCGAUAAAAUUUAUUAUGCAGCUGUUGAAGAACUUGGAACGAAUUACGUUGUACAAUUCGGUGCUUCAUCUAAUCAUUUCUCAUCAUCAUCAUCUUGUAUAAUACUUAAAGCAAAAUUAUUUAUUGAUGGAAAAUGGGAUCAUACUUGUAAACAAAUUCAAAAAUCUACACCAAAAUCAAGAAAAGAUGGAUUUUUUGAUGAAAAACGACAAAAACAUUUAUUUAAAUUUGAUGUUACUAAUUGGAUAAAUGAUAAUAAUGAAGUAGAUUCAAAUAAUAAUAAUAAUAAUAAUAUAAAGUAUUCAAGUACAAAAUCAAUAUUUGGAGGAAUUGGUGCUAUAUCAGUUUACUUUUAUAUAGUUGAAGAAGUUGAAAAAUUGGAUAAUUAUGUUAAAAAUCAAGUAGAAAAAGUACAAGUUCCUGAAUCAACUGGAAUUGAAAUGGGAAUAAAAAUUUCUACAGGUUUUCAAAAAAGUCAAGAUAUUAAAAUGGCUUCAAAUAAAAUGCUUAAAAGUAUUUUAACAAUUCCAGUUGCUGUUUUACAUAUUCAUUAUAGACCAGCAAGUUGGUUACGUACAAGGAAUAUUCUUCUUGAUGAUGUCCCAAUAAAGAUAGAAAAAGAAGGCGAAUUGGAAAUUAUUAAGACUGAGGAGAAAGAAAUUAAGGUUAAAAAUGAAUUUAUAAAGAAUGAAUUUGAAGUUACUAAGUCUGAGGAGAAAGUUAAAAGUGAAUUUGUAAAGAAUGAAUUUGAAGCUAUUAAGACUGAAGAAAAAGAAAUUAAAGUUAAAAGGAAUUUUAGUGAAUUUAUCGAGGCUGAAGAAAGUAAACAGGAAGCCCAAAAGAAAAUAAAAAUUGAAGAUAAUGUAUGA